UUCAGUCUGUCAAUCGCGUUCGUAGGGUGUGUAUGUUAGUGGCGUCCGUGAACGAUCUUCCGCUUGAAGUUUAACAUAACCUCACAAAACUCGAAUGUAAAUUUUGUUGUUUUGUUUUGUUUUCUGCAAGAAUAAUGAAAAACCUCCGAUGGAGGCUUCAUAGUUUUGUUAUUUUUUUGUAUAUUUACUCCGCUUUUUCUUUACCUUACCGAAUUUGCCGUCAUCAGCACCCAAGAAAGCAUGAGGUACUUCACGCCAAAGGACAUGAUGAACACUUGAUUAAGAAAAGAAGUACAGAACGGCCGAUAAGAAUUUUGCUGUACUAUGACCAAAGUGUCUAUCGAUUGGAUCCAAAGAAGUUUAAGCUCAUUAACGAUACGAUUUUACCACAAGCUGUCAGUUUUUGGGAAAAGGCCCUAUCGGUUCGCAGAGGAGAAAGUGUGAUUCGUCUAACGAGGAAAUGCAAUGACUCACAGGUGUUCGUCAAUAAUGGUUGGACCCAUUGCAUUAACACGUGCAAGGAAAAAACGGAAUGUGGACAAGUUGAAGUACCAGAAGGUCAUCUAGACGCGUGUAGAGUUUGUAACUCUACCGGCCAAAACUGUGGAAUUGCUAAAGGUUCGCAUGCUGGUAAAGGUAUUGUGGAUUCCGAUUUCGUCUUGUACGUAUCUGCCAUGGAAUCAGAAAGAUGCAAUAAAUCCUUAACUGUAGCUUACGCCGCGUAUUGUCAACAGGAGAAUACUCUAGAUCGCCCAAUCGCAGGCCACGCUAAUUUAUGUCCCAACAGCAUCAGCACAAGGCGACAAGACAUCGAAAUCUUGUUAGCAACAGUCAAGCACGAAAUUCUCCACGCACUCGGUUUUUCGAUUAGUCUCUACGCGUUUUACAGGGAUGCUGAUGGGAAUCCGCUUACUCCUAGGAGCAACGAGACGGGGAAACCACCACUCAAUGAAAAACUUGAGAUAUAUCAAUGGAGCGACAGGGUUAUUAAAACCUUCGUUAGAAACAACUGGAUGGUGAGAAGUGGUUAUGUUAAAAGAGAAGUUCAAAUGAUAGUGACUCCUAACGUUGUCCGAGAAGUUAGAAAGUUCUUUAACUGUAGUGAACUGGAAGGCGCUGAGUUAGAAGAUCAAGGAGAGGACGGAACAGCUUUGACUCAUUGGGAGAAAAGAGUGUUUGAGAAUGAAGCUAUGACUGGUAUACACACCCAAAAUCCCAUCAUAUCUAGAAUAACCUUGGCUCUCAUGGAAGAUACCGGCUGGUAUAAAGCCAACUACUCAAUGGCAGAUACAAUGUCUUGGGGCAGGAAUCUUGGUUGCGACUUCGUCAUGAGAAGUUGCAAGGACUGGAUCACCACAAAAUCUGCUAGAGGCUUUUCUAUUCACCCUUUCUGCAACAAAGUGAAAAGAGACCCUUUGCAAACAGAAUGCACAGAUGAUCGGACUUCGGUGGCUCUUUGCAACCUUGUAGAGCACAAGGAGCCACUCCCAGUCAUCUACCAGAACUUUGAUAGCCUCCAGCACGUCGACAGUGGCAGAGAAGGAUUUUAUGGAGGAUCGGUGUCACUGGCUGAUUAUUGCCCUUACAUCCAGGAAUUCACAUGGAGAUCUAAAAAUGUAGUUGUACGUGGAUCCCACUGCCAGUAUACAGAAAAUAAUCCUACACCUGACAUGAACUUUGCUUUGGAAAAAUACGGUGAAAAAUCCCGUUGCUUCGAACACACCAAUCAGCUGUGGGAUGAGAGAUCGUGCAAGCAAGUGAGACAGUGGGUUCAUUGGGGAUCUGGAUGCUACUCUUAUAGAUGCGAAAACGGGAGACUUCAUAUACUGGUGGGAAAUUAUUCUUAUGAAUGUUACCAUGCUAACCAGGAAAUUUCUAUUAGGAUCAUUAGCAAUGGAUGGCUUCAUAAGGGAGCCAUUGUCUGCCCUCCAUGCAAAGAAAUAUGUGCCAAAGAAUUUAGCUCAAGAGGUGAACGCUGCAAGGCUGGUGACGAAUCUCCCCCAUCUACAUCAUACCCAAGGGAUGAUCUCGAGUGCAGCGCUGACAUAACAGGACUCAACGAUUUCGUCAUUUCUGCUCUAUUAAUUGUAGCUGUAUUUGUGAUCUGAUAUUGUAACGAAUAUUUCGCAAGAUAUGAAAUAUUGGAAAUGAGAUUUUAGUGUUUUCACGACAUAUUAUGUGUCACGACUGAUUUUGCAAAAAAUACUGAAAUCUCUUCUUUCAGAAUUGAUUUUAAUAUUGUUACCGCUCAAAUUUUGGACGUAAAAGCAUCCCAGGUUUAAGUAAAUCGAUAACAAUCAGUUUUAUAUGUGAUAACGAUUAUACCAGGGAGGUUUUAACUAAAACACUUUACAAGGAAGCAAAAAUGCAAUUAGUAUUUUUAGCACUAACAGUACUCUAUUUAGUAUUGCCAGUUGUCAAGUUUGUUUUCGACGUUGGUGCGAUAUUUUGCAACUACAUCUCGGCGUUACUUUCAGACCUGGAUCCCGCGUACCAAAAAAAAGUUGAUUAAUAGCAAGCUGAAAAUUUAUUAAAAGCUUAACGGUGUCUAGUCGGACAAACUUUGAUGUAUGGAAACACUGGAACAGGGGAAGUUUUAAUUGUGCAACAGGUUAAAAAUUUGGAACGUCAGACUACGAAUAGGUUCCAUGUAGGUAUUUUGUCGGACAUGACUACCAAUUGAUUUGUUACCAUUUGAUUAAACUCGCAUGCAAAAAUCACACUGAUGUUAAUCACCAACUGGGCAUUUUAAUGAGUGGAACACGAAGAACAUGUCAAAUGACAGGAAUCAUGUUGGUUAGUAAUAGCAGUCUGAUUUUUGCAAUGAGUUUAAUGAAAGCGUAACAAAUCAAUUGGAUGUUCUGUCCGAUAAAAUACAUGGGAAGUUUUCGUAAUCUGACGUUCCAAUUUUUUAAACUGUUCCACAAUUAAAAUUUUCCCUGUUCCAGUGUUCCCGUAUAUAUCAAAGUUUGCCCGACUAGACCAUAGAUAUAAUAUCAAAGUAGAUUAGGCCAGUUCCGAAAAAUAGCGUAACGCGGAGCAAUUCGGGUCGGUGGUCUAUCUAUCUCUCUCUACCGGCGCUUAGCUUUCUCUCUCUAGCAUAUGAUGGCCGCCGCCUCUGUGUUUGUUUCGUUCCAUUAAUUCCACCUCUUGGUAGAUACGCUCACGGCUCACACUCGCACGAUAGACUAAGAUAGCUAGACCACCGUACUUGAUAUUGGCGUUACACUACGAUGCAUUGAGUAGCAUAUAACCAGCCUGGUCUAUUGUUAACAUGUCUCUGGACUAGACACCGUUAAGCUAUUAACAAAUUUUCAGCAUGCUAUUAAUCAACUUUUUUUUGGUACGCGGGAUCCAGGUCGAUUUGAAAUACAGUCGUGUCACGUGCAAAAGAAACGGGCACACAAAUAUAUAUUACAAACAAAAAAAUAUGUUACAAACAAAAUCUUUUAUCAAAAGCGUGUCUAAAAGCGCAUCUAUAACCAUACAUAAGCAUAAUAAAAAACUAGGAGCAUGGGAACAAUAUUAUAACAGAGGAACCAUCGAGUAAUAAAAAAGACUUUUUAUUACUUAAUGAGAACAACUUAACAAGCACUUAUCUAAAUUCUCGGAAAGUAUCCUAUUGUCGUAUCGUACUCUCUUAACAAAUCAUAAAUGUUCAGAAUUUGAAAAAAUCGCAUAUUAGUAUGAUACAUGGACGUAUAAAUAAAGAAUAAAAUAGAAUUCAAAAAAUGACAUAACCCAGACAUCCAAAGUGAAAGUUAUCCUCCAACGCCAAAUUGUUCUAUAUGGUCCAUUUAAUGUUCAGAAAAAAGUCACACCUUUUUGAGC